AUGGACUUGGUUGAAGGAAUAUCAAACGAAGUUUUGUUAGCUUUUAUUGUGACAAUUUUAUUGAUUGUAAUAGCUGUUUUUUACACAUUCUUUUCUGAAGGAACAAGUGUACAUCUUAGACCAAUUAAUAAUGUUGAUGGGUCUAUAACUAAUCAAAAUAUUGAUAGGCCUACAAACAAUGAAAAUGUUGAUGGAAGUCAAUCAAGGGAUAGCAAUGCAGGAAGUCGAUCUGAAACAAAUGCAAGUGAUAGUUCCACAGCAACUACAGUAAGAGAAGAAACAUCAAAUCUCCCCUACGGUAGGGAUUUGGAAGAUGUUAUGGAACAGACUCCACAGAGUGAGGAAACAAGGGGAGAUAAGAUAAGAAGACGUCAGGUAAAUGGUCCGGACUCAAGACAGGAUCAAUCAACAGAUGGACAAGAUGAGACAAUGGUGGUUAAAGUUAAACAUAAUGAAAAUAUACAAACAUUUAAUGUUUCAAAGAAUAUAACAGUAAUAGAAUUGAAAAGGUAAUUCAGCAAUCAUAUGUCAAACGAGCAGCAAAGUGCCCUUUACCUGCGUGAAAAAUGUUGUUCAGAUUGCAUUUUUUGCCCAAUUAAUGGCCUUUGAUUUAUGAUUGAAUUUCUUUUUGUAUUUUGGUAUGUCCUGAAAAAUGUUGUUAUUUUUGGGUAAAAUUAUGAUAUGUCUGGAAAAUUUUUGACAUUUUCAGGGGGAAAAAUGAUAUCUCCAGCCUCUGAUGACCUCCCCCCCCCCCUAGCUAGUAAAAUUAUAAAUUUUCUCAUGGGAAUGAGAGAUACCGUUGUACUUUUAUUUGGAGCAAAUAUGAUGUGGAGCAAUAGCGAAAGAUUUGAGUGAGCCAAAAAUAUUUUUUUAAAUUGAAUUGUUUUAUAAUAUUAAAUAAUGUUUUCUAUUUAUUUUCACAGAUUGGCUUUCAACAAUGAACUAAAUGCAGGAAGAAGAGUAAGGUUUGUAUAUGCAGGACAGCUGCUAAGAAAUGAUAAUGAUCCACUCACAAGAUAUGGAGUACUACCUAAUACUGUUGUACACUGUGUGAUCACUGAUCCUCCUGAGCAAAUCCCACCUACCCCAAAUGAACCACACGAGGAAGACUUAGACCUUAGCCGAUUUUUAAUACCUCUAUUGACUGUUUCUCUAAUUAUGGCAUGGUAUGGUCUUAUUUCAUACAAACAUAUAUUUACUGGUUCAUCUAUUGCUAUAUUAAUGUUCUUAACAAGUCUUUAUGUUAUACUGGUAUAUGUGACAACAAUUCAAUAA